AUGGCGGACUUAGCCUCUUUUGCGACUAUCUCUAGUUGUUGCUCAGCAUCUUCUGCGAUUGCCUCUCGAGGUCACUCUUCUCCUUCUUCCUUCAUCCCCUUGGGCCGUUCCCCUCGCUAUCUCAGCGCUUCCCCUCACUUCAAAGCUUACUUGGCAGUGAAUGCAAUUAGGCCGCGGAAAUUCUCUACUGUUGCUGUUGCCCGAAGUGCAACAGCGGUGCCUAGCAAUGAGAAAUCACCAUCGCCCAAUUCUUCGCAACCUGCUUCUGUUGUUGAGCCUGAACAAGCGAGCCAGGAACAGGAGGUUAUAGAUGUGUUGGAGUACGAUGAAGGUCGGAUUCGAGUUUGUGACAAGCUAAUCGAAGUCUUCAUGGUGGACAAAACCACUCCAACUGAUUGGAGAAGGUUGCUCGCGUUUAGUAGGGAAUGGGACGGCCUCCGUCCUCAUUUCUACAGGCGUUGCCAGGAACGAGCUGACAAUGAGGCUGACCCUGGGAUGAAGCAUAGUUUACUCAAGCUUUCAAGGAAGCUUAAAGAGGUUGAUGAAGAUGUGCAGCGGCAUAAUGAGCUUCUGGAAGCCAUCAGGAAGGCACCUGCUGAGCUUGGUGAGAUUGUUUCUAGGCGGCGGAAGGAUUUCACUCAAGAAUUUUUUGUGCAUCUGUAUACUGUGGCACAGUCAUAUCAGGAUGACAAAGCUGAACAGAAUGCCUUGGCGAAACUGGGAAAUGACUGUGUAGCUGUUGUACAAGCCUAUGAUAAUGCAACAGAGGAUACCAAAGCAGUAAAUGCAGCAGAGCUGAAGUUGCAAGACAUUAUCAAUUCACCUUCUCUAGAUGCUGCAUGCCGGAAAAUAGAUGAUUUGGCACAAAAAAAUCAACUGGAUUCAGCAUUGGUAUUGAUGCUCACUAAAGCCUGGUCAGAUGCUAAGGAGACCAAUAUGACUAAAGAUGAGGUAAAAGACAUACUGUAUCAUCUGUACAAGACAGCAGUGGGUAAUCUUCAGAGGCUCAUGCCAAAGGAAAUAAGAAUAGUGAAGCAUCUUCUCACAAUCGAGGAUCCAGAGGAACGAUUAUCCAACUUAAACGAUGCAUUCACUCCCGGGGAAGAACUUGAAGGAGGCAAUGUAGAUUGCCUGUACACGACACCGGAAAAGCUCCAUACGUGGAUGAAGGCAGUGGUGGAUGCUUACCAUCACAGCCGGGAAGGUACUCUCAUUAGGGAAGCUAGGGAUCUGAUGAACCCUAAGAUAAUUAAGAAGCUGGAGGAGCUGAUUAAGCUAGUCGAAGAUCAUUUCAUGUAA